UUGCAUGGUGCUUUCUUUGUAGAGAUUUCUGACUGUAAAGCUCUAAUGACAUGGAAGUGAUGGCUACAAGUGGAUCAUCGACGGAUAAAAUUCAACAGCCAUCACUUACUAUACUGCUGCUGGGAUUCAGAAACGCUGGGAAGUCUUCAACAGGAAAUACCAUCCUGGGCAAAGACAUGUUUGAAUUGCGCUCUACGGCAAAGGCAGAGAAGAUUCAGGGAGAGGUAGCAAGAAGGCUGCUCACCGUGGUUACUGCUCCAAGCUUGACUCCCAAUGCUCAUACCCUGCUAAAACAGGACACAAUACUGAGUCUUUCCUUUUGUGAUCCUGGACCACAUGCUGUCUUACUGGUCAUGCCUGUGUACGGGAUGCCCAUGAGCAAACACAGGAAAGAUGUUGAGCAAUAUAUAUCUCUGCUGAGUGAGGAUAUCUGGAGUCACACCAUAGUGCUGUUUACCUGUGGAGACCAGCUGGGAGAUACGGGCAUUGAGCAGUACAUCGAGAGUCAAGGAGAGCAUCUGAGAUGGCUCAUGGAGAAGUGUGGGAACCGGUAUCAUCUUCUCAACAAUCAGGACCGAGGUGAUGUUGGACAGGUAACAGAGUUGUUGGAGAAGAUUGAAGACAUUGUGGCAGGGAACGGUGGCCGUCAUUAUGAGAUGGACAGAGGGAAACUAGAGGAGGUGAAGAAAAGGAGGGAAAAAGAGAUAGCGGGAGCAUCAGAGAGACUGAUGAAGGUGAAAGAGGAGAGAUCCUAUCUGCAGUCAUUAAAGCCUCAGGUUACUCUUCCGUCAGAGUUUAGAAUUAUUCUAAUGGGAUAUAGUCGAUCUGGGAAAAGCUCAUCAGGAAACACCAUCCUGGGCAAAGAUGAGUUUGACCUUAAGAGAGAAACAGCUCAGUGUUUGAGGAGAGAUGGAGAAGUGGCAGGAAGAAGAAUCACUGUGGUGGAAGUGCCUGGAUGGUGGGCUGAUGUCGACCUCAUGCACACCACAGAGUUCACAAAAGAAGAGAUUGUGCUCAGCCAGUCUCUGUGUGCUCCAGGACCUCACAUCGUCCUGCUCACCGUUCGAGCACCUGACCCUUUAGAAGCAGACACCAUACAAAUCAUGAUGGAACAUCUUGAUCAUCUUGGCAGAGAUGUGUGGAAUCGCACGAUUAUGUUGUUCACCCAUGGAGACUGGUUGGGAGACACACCCAUAGAGCAGUAUAUUGAGAGUGAAGUGGCCCUAUGGCCUCUCGUUGAGAGGCUUGCAAACAGGUAUCAUGUCCUCAACAACAUGGACAAAGACAACCGGCAACAAGUCACAGAGCUGCUUGAGAGGAUGGAGGAGAUCAUAACAUGGAAUGUAGGCUGGCAUUUUGAAAUAGACCAGAAGAGACUGGAGGAUGCGGAAGUCAGGAGAGAGAGAGAAGAAGAGGCUGCAGCAGAAAGACUAAUGAAGGUGCAGCAGCAAAGGCUUCAUUUUCAAUCCUUGAAAGAGAAGUCCUCCUCACCUCAGCCUUCAGAGUUCGGAAUUGUGCUGCUGGGACCGAGAGUGUCCGGAAAGAGUUCAUCUGGAAACACCAUCCUGGGAAGAAAGGAGUUUCACCUGGAAAAGAGAGAAACCCAGUGCAUAAAGAGGCAGGGCGAAGUGGCAUGCAGAUCGGUAACUGUGGUUGAAGUGCCAGGAUGGUGGCAUAACGCCAAGCUCCCAGAAAGUCCUGAGCUCACAAAACAGCAGAUUGAGCUUAGCGUCUCUCUGUGCCCCCCAGGUCCCCUCCUAUUCUUAGUCCAUGGAGUGUGGAGUCACACCAUGGUGCUGUUCACCUAUGGAGACAGACUUAGAGACAUUACAAUUGAGCAACAUAUUGAGAGUGAACAGGCCCUGCAGUUUCUAGUAGAGAAAUGUGGGAACAGAUAUCAUGUCUUCAACAAUAAGGAGCCAGUUGAUCAGACACAGAUCACAGAGCUGUUGGAGAAGAUGGAGGAAAUCAUCUACGGAAAUGGAGGUCGUCACUAUGAGACGGACAGAGAAAGACUGAAGAACAUAAUGAUGACCAGAAGGAAAGAGAAAGAGAGGGCAGCGGAGAGGCUGAUGAUUGUGGAGAGGAAAAGGCUUGAUCUGCAGUCACAGAUGCAGAAAUCCUCACCUCUCUCACAGUUCAGAAUGGUGCUAAUAGGACACAGAGAAUCUGGGAAGAGUUCUUCAGGCAACACCAUCCUGGGCAGAGAGGAGUUUGACCUUCAGACAUCCGCACAGUGUGUGAAGAGACAGGGCGAAGACCUCACAUCCUCUUGCUUCAUGUACGUGUAG